AGUACGCAUGACCGAAACUAGGAAACUGCAGCGUUGUCCCAUCUCAGCUAAUAUCUCAGCAACCAUGUGUUCAGUUCAGCAUCUCAGAGAGUUUAUCAGAGAGAGACUAACUGCUGCUGCGGAGGAAAUCUUCACAGAGGUUGAAAAAACCAUCAUUAGCUACGAGGAAGAGCUCGAUGCUCAGCGCAGGAUGAUGGGGAUCAGCUGGAAACCAGACAUUAAGCUACACAGAGUCGGUUCGGAGCUGCAGAGACAAAGUUCUGACCUCCAACAGCCAAGUAUCUCCAAUGAGGAGGAAGCUCCUGUCAUCCAACAAGUCAGGAGCCUGGCAAGUAGGUCCAGUCAGGAUCAGUGGACUGGAGAGGAACAGAUGGAUCCAGAACCAAAAUGCCACCUGCACUACUCAAACAUGAGGAAACAGAAUAUCCACUCCAAUUUAACCUCCAGCAGCCAAGUGUCUCCAUCUCCUGUCAUCCCACAAGUCUGGAGCCUGGCAAGUUGGUCCAGUCAGGACCAGAAAGAAGCAGAACAUCAUUGGACUGGAGAGGAACAGAUGGAACCAGAACCUACACUGCUCAAAUAUGAGGAAAUAUAUCCACUAUUAAAUGUAAAAAGAGAAGAGUUAGAUUCUUCAGUGCUUCAGCAUGAACAGCAGCCACCAGAACAUUUCCCAACUGGACAGGACCAGAAGAACCUCAGCAGCCGUCAGGAGGGAGAGCAGCAAACUGUGCAGAAGCCGCUUGCUGCUUUGAUUGAGACUUCUACUGUUCAGGAAGAUGAUAUGAAUGAAGAAGAGACCAGAACAGAGCGACUUUCCCUUCAUGUCUCUCCAGUGGUUGAGAGCAAAGAUCAGAAAGGAAGCAGCAGGCCUGUGUCAAAGAGUCAGUCUCGUACCAGUACAAAGAAAAGAUCUUUCAAAUGUGACAGUUGUGGGAUAUGUUACACACAACAGUGGAAGCUGAAAAUACAUUCCAGAACUCAUGUUAGUGAGAAAACUUUCUCAUGUGAAACAUGCGAAAAAGUUUUUCACAACUUCUGA